CGCGCAGAGGGCUGCUCGGCGCGGGCUCCAGGCUCCUCCGCGGCCCGGCGGGUCCGGGUGCGGGCGCCGACAUGCGCCCCCUGCUCGGCCUGCUCCUGAUCUUCGUCGGCUGCACCUUCGCCUUGUACUUGCUGUCGACGCGACUGCCUCGCGGGCCGACACGGGGCUCCGCCGAGGAGGCUGAAGGCAGGUCACUGUGGUUCCCCUCUGACCUGGCCGAGUUGCGGGAGCUCUCCGAGGUCCUUCGAGACUACCGCAGGGAGCACCAGGCCUACGUGUUGCUGCUCUUCUGCAGUGCCUACCUCUACAAACAGGGCUUUGCCAUCCCUGGCUCCAGCUUCCUGAACGUUUUAGCUGGUGCUUUGUUUGGGCCAUGGCUGGGGCUUCUGCUCUGCUGUGUGUUGACCUCGGUGGGUGCCACAUGCUGCUACCUGCUUUCCAGUAUGUUUGGCAAACAACUGGUGAUCUCCUACUUUCCUGAUAAAGUGGCCCUCCUGCAGAGGAAGGUGGAGGAGAACAGAAACAGCUUGUUCUUUUUCUUACUGUUUUUGAGACUUUUCCCCAUGACACCGAACUGGUUCUUGAACCUCUCGGCCCCGAUUCUGAACAUCCCCCUUGGGCAGUUCUUCUUCUCUGUUCUUAUCGGUUUGAUCCCCUACAACUUCAUCUGUGUGCAGACAGGCUCCAUCCUGUCGACCCUUACCUCUCUGGAUGCGCUUUUCUCCUGGGAAACUGUCCUUAAGCUGUUGGCCAUCGCUCUGGUGGCCUUAGUUCCUGGAACCCUCAUAAAAAAAUUUAGUCAAAAAGACCUGCAUUUGAAUGAAACAAGCAGUGCCAACCAUCUAAACAGCAGAAAGGACAUGUGAUCUGGAUUUUUGGGUUGCAUGUCCCUGGACUCUAUUGCUCGUGUGUAAUGGGUAUGGUCCCUUACAGCCCUUCAUUGUUUUUUAAUCACUCUCAACAGGUAGUUUGGACUGUGCUCUAGAAGGGGAAUUAUAUCAGGUUCUCAAACUUGCCAUGAGUUAGUAGGACACUCUGUGAAAUGGAUAGCUUCUUAGAAAACCCUUUUUAUAUUUUAUUGAAUAACAAGGAACUCGGGAUAGUCUGCUGUAUGUGCCUCUUGCCAAGCCCGGAGCUGCCUCGGGAGAGGAUGCCGGCUGUCCUUGUCCAGAGUGCCUCGUCUGCAAAGUGAUAGGCUGUUGUGACUGGUGUUUGUUCUCAGUGUAAAUGAUGACAUGUGAACCCACAUCACUGACAUCACUCUUCAUCUUGUUAGUCAAAGAGUGUUUCUUCUGUACUUUUUGGUGGAUGACCUACCUCUUCCAUACACCAAGAGGAAGAAGCUGACAAACUGCUUAGAUCGUCUAUGUAUAGCUCAAGUGCACAGUGGUUUCUGCGAUGCUCUCUAUGUUCAGACCCACUGAUGUUACCAUAUAUGACACAUUUCCUCUUGGUUGUGUGGCCUGACAGCUAAGCUGAUUGCAAACGGACUAUUAAAUAUGAAUGAGCAAACUCCAUAUGUUAUGUCCUGGAGAAAUUCUUAUCCAUCUGGAUAGUGCAGGGCCCUUGACACCUGAACCAAAUGACCAUCAGCGCAUUUUCUCAUCUGUCCCCUCUGUGUGGAAAUCCCUCUUCCUCCUGCCAGGAGAAUGAAUCCACUACUCUCGGACAUUAGCCAUUGUACCCUCUGGAUGUUUUUCCAAUUUGUCAUUUGCCGAGAAUAACAGGAAUAAUUAUAUUUUACCUUUUAAUUCUAAGAGAACUUGGUUUUGGGUUACUUGGUUGUGUUCUGUUUGUUGUCUGUGGCUGCUGUUGCUUCCUAUAGCAGCAGCAUUGGAUUGGCACAGACCCGGGUUAAUGCUUCCAAGGACAGAAGGCCCUCGGCACCUAAACGGACCAGCUCUGGGGUCCUGUAUCCGACAAGAGUAACUCAUCAUUUCUCACCAGAACUGUUGCCCUGUGGCAGGAUCUGCUGGGUUUUUUAUUUGGCUUGGCCAAGAAUCUUGCCAAGGCUUUAAUCUAGGCAGAAUGUUCUACAUGAGUUCUUGAGAAUAUUCAUUCUUGAGAAUGAAUUCCCAAGCAUUGUUUUUUGGACUCAUAUGAUAAAACAAAACAAA